CUGAGUGUUUUCUUUUCGUGAUUGUGUGCUCUCGAUUGCACAGAGUCCAGAAGGGAGUAGAAAAAAGAACGAAAUCUUGCAUCUACUUGAUCCACUUCUCUUUUCCCGAGUUUUCCCGUGCACAACGCCGCAACCGAGGAGUUUUUAAGGUGCUAAUGCAACCGCACCUCAUAGAACAAGAACUUCCCGUUUUCUAUCCAGUUUCCUGUGUCGUGUAUUGUGUGUGUGCGGGGUUUUUUUUUUUGCUCGUCUCCAAAACUGGGUUGCUUCGAGCAUAGUGGCUCGUGUGUCCGGUUCGCUUCCGGGGGGAAAAGGUGCUUCACACACCCAGCACAGUGCAAGUGAAGGAAAGCACCGGAUGGUUUGCUGCAAACAGAUUGAGGAAAGCUGGCAACAAACAAAUAACCGACGCACGACGGUGCACAAGUGGGUGUGAAUCGUUUCCGCCCGUGGUAGUGUUAGCACAGUGCUGGUUUUGUGUUUUUCGCGUGUGCACGAAUUUCAAAUUAUCGAAGAAAAACGCUGUGCGGGCCCACAGUACAGUAGAGUUUAGUGCUGGUGCUGGUGUGUACGUGUGAGAGAGUUGUGUGCGGCUAUCACGGUACAGGUCGUGGGAAGAAAAGUAGUGCCGAGCAACGGAACGAAGGCGAGAGGGAUUUGCAAAUGUAUUGACGACCCUCCUCAUAUCCAACAAUCGGUACACAAUCGAUUGGAUGUGUGGUGUGUUUGUUGGUGGCCGUAUAUUCACCAGCGACAAACGGAUUGCGGUGCGGUGUGGCGUGUGAGUCGGUUCCGUUCGCCGUAAGGGUGCGCAGUGCGAUCGAUGUAAAGUGGCUGGCAAGUGUGUCCGUGCGAAGUAAGAAGUAAAAGCUUGCAAGAAGCAGCAUGCCGAAGAUGGACAAAUGACGGUCACGGUAGCAAUCAAAUAUAAGUUGCAGCAGUAGGCGCAUACGUUUUUUCGUGGCCAACUUUUGUUUGUUUGUUUUUUUUUGUGUACCCGCUACCGUAGCAUCAAUCAUAGUAGUCGGGGUACCAGCAACACACCAGAUACUCAUAAGGCGGUAGCAAACUACGAAGCGCAGUGGAAGAGAGAAACGUGUGCAGAAACCUGUGCGGUAAUCUCGUUCGGCAGGGAAAAGGGGAGAACGAAGCAGCUUCAAGAUGACACUGAACGAUGAGAAUGGGGCCAGCGGCAAUAAUGUUGUUGUCACGGCAGCAAGUGGAACGGGACUGUCAUCAGCGGCGGGAACCGGAUCAGAUCGACCAGGCACCACGGCUGGGGUGUCCGGGGCGACAGCACAAGGAGGCGGCAACACAACCGGCACUGGUACAAAUGGGGGCAACGGAGCGAACAAUAAUAAUAAUAUCAACAACAACACCGGCAACAGUGGCAAUGGGAACAGUGGUGGUAUCACGCUGGCUGCCACCGUACCGAAUGGUGGUAGCAAUGCAAUUGGCAAUACAAUUAAUAAUAACAACCUAAAUUCUAAUAUCACCCCAGCGGCUGCGACGGCAACGGCACUAAGCAACAGCGGCAUUAGUAUUAACAACGGCAACGGACAGAAUGGCAAGCAGCCGCCGCAGCCGGGCAGUCUGGAGAAGCGGUCGACUAGCAGCAGUGGUAGUGGCGGUGCGGGCGCAAAUAGUACUACCAGCGCCAAUAGUAGCGGCCGUUACAUCAUACCGAAGUUCUUCGAAAUCGAAACGUUGCCUCCGCUGAAGGAUGCCGAUCCGCCCGAGCGGGAGGAACUGUUCAUCCAGAAGUUGCAUCAGUGUUGCGUGCUGUUCGAUUUUUCCGAACCACUGAACGAUCUGAAAUACAAGGAGAUCAAGCGUUGCGCACUGCAGGAAAUUGUCGAGCAUCUGAACAACCAGAGCAACGUGAUCACGGAAGCGAUUUAUCCGGAAGCGUUCAAUAUGGUGGCGAUUAAUCUGUUCCGCACGCUGCCACCUUCGUCCAACCCGAACGGGGCCGAGUUCGAUCCGGAAGAGGACGAACCGACGCUCGAGGUAUCGUGGCCACAUCUCCAAUUUGUGUACGAGCUGUUUCUGCGAUUUCUUGAAUCGCCUGACUUCCAGCCGAACGUGGCCAAGCGGUAUAUCGAUCACGGCUUCAUCCUGAACCUGCUCGAGCUGUUCGAUUCGGAAGAUCCACGCGAGCGGGACUUCCUCAAAACGGUGUUGCACCGGGUGUACGGCAAAUUUCUCGGGCUGCGUGCCUUCAUCCGCAAGCAGAUCAACAAUAUCUUCUACAAGUUCAUCUACGAGACGGAGCACCACAACGGAAUAGCCGAGCUGCUCGAGAUUCUGGGCAGUAUUAUCAACGGGUUUGCCUUACCGCUGAAGGAGGAGCACAAGCAGUUCCUGCUGAAGGUGUUGCUACCGCUGCACAAGGUGAAAAGCCUUUCCGUGUACCACCCGCAGCUGGCGUACUGUGUGGUGCAGUUUCUCGAGAAGGAUGCCAGUCUGACCCAGCCCGUCAUUAAGUGUUUGCUAAAGUUUUGGCCCAAAACGCACAGCCCGAAGGAGGUGAUGUUUUUGAACGAGUUCGAGGAAAUACUGGAUGUGAUCGAGCCGGCCGAAUUCCAGAAGGUGAUGGAACCGCUGUUCCGUCAGAUCGCAAAGUGUGUCUCCAGCCCCCACUUUCAGGUGGCGGAACGGGCCCUUUACUACUGGAACAAUGACUACAUCAUGUCGCUGAUAUCGGAAAAUUCCAAAGUCAUCAUGCCGAUCAUGUUUCCGGCCCUGUACAGCAACAGCAAAUCGCAUUGGAACAAAACGAUCCACGGGCUGAUCUACAACGCGAUCAAGCUGUUCAUGGAGAUGAACCAGCUGCUGUUCGACGAGUGUCACCGGAAGUACCAGGCGGAACAGGAGAUGGAACAGGAGAAGCUGGCGCAGCGGGAAACGCUCUGGCAGCAGAUGGAGGAUCUGGCUGUCCGCAACAGUAAGUUAACGCUGAACGAUGAACCGAGCAGUAUGGCUGGUUCGGGCGAACCGGGCAACCCGAGUCGACCGACCAGCAGUAACUUUAGCCACCAGCAGCAACACCGUCAGAUGAAUGGGAUGGCAGACGGUAGGACGACAUCGUCCUCGGGUGGUGCGGCACCAUCGUCCACCGUGUACGAUCGACGUUCGAUGCAGCACAGUAGCACAUAAACCGACAUGCCACCAAGUGGUCUGUCCUAUAAACACACGCACACAAACACAUACACACUCAUAGACAAGAGCAUCCUAAACUUCCAUUUCUUGCGCCCACUCACAAAAAAGAACCAGGUUCUAUUCUCUCUUAGGCACUUUGUUUUGAUAGAAUUUUUUGCAUACUUUCAGAAAGAAGCAAACUAACGUUUAAAACCAUGAAAAAAAUGUCAUUUUUCAAGCAUCUAAAAACAAAUCCAUAGAAGAAACAAAAGGAAAUGAAUGAAGUUUGAAGAAAAUGUAUUCCGACCAUUAAUGAAAGUUGCACAAGGAUCUAUAAUUUUGAUUAUUUAAAUCAAGUGCUAAUUCCACUGCACUUUUUUUCUAUUCGUUUGUUUGUAAACCUCCGGUUAGGCAGUAUUUUUCGGAAUUGUACAUACCCGGUGGAUAGAACAGCUCAUACUAUCAAUAAAGAUCAAUUAGCAAGUCA